AUAAAUUAGUUCUCCCACUUAAAAACCUCACCACUUAAGCCGAUUUCAUACGCAGCGCAGCCGUCACUACGCCACCAGGUUUAGCAGCUUCGGGAGUCUGAUCUAGAAGAAAAAUGUCAGGUGAGGAUGUUGUUGUUGCUGAUGCACCAGCUCCAGUUCCAGCUCCAGCUCUUGGGGAGCCCAUGGAUAUCAUGACUGCUUUGCAGUUGGUUCUGAGAAAGUCCAAAGCCCACAGUGGCCUUUCUCGUGGACUCCAUGAAGCUGCCAAGGUCAUUGAGAAGCAUGCUGCUCAGCUUUGUGUCUUGGCAGAGGACUGCGACCAGGCUGAUUAUGUCAAAUUGGUGAAAGCUCUUUGUGCUGAUCAUAACGUUAGCUUGAUCACUGUGCCUAGUGCUAAAACCCUUGGCGAGUGGGCUGGACUAUGCAAGAUUGACUCUGAAGGAAAAGCAAGGAAGGUGGUGGGUUGUGCAUGCGUUGUUGUAAAGGAUUACGGGGAAGAAAGUGAGGGUUUACAUAUUGUCCAGGAAUAUGUGAAAUCGCAUUAAAUGGUUUCAGGAUGUUGAACCCUUGGACAUGAAGAGCACUUCUGAUUGUGAUUCUGAUACUAGGAUGGCGUGCUAGUUUCAGUUUUUUAUCACUUUAGAACUCUUUCCAAGUCAUUGUGGGGAUUCGUUUUUGGACAUCUUUAAUGUUGGUUCAAGUUUUUAUCAUCUGAUGCUUUGUAGUAUAGAGAGAUUGAACCACCUUUACAUGUACUGUUUAUGUUUUAUUAAAGUUCUCUUGGAUUUCCCCCUUUUUCUA